GAAAAAGGAAGCACGGGAACAAGUCAUAACAGCGUCGAAGCGUUCUUGUACUGGAUUGCAACGUGAAAGCAUUGUUUCUUGACUACCCACAAAGUGCUAGCUGGACGAAUACAAUACCAGGAGUAACGCGCAGGUCCUAAGACGAGGAUCCUUUUCGAUACUCAAUCAAUUAUUAUGGACCCGUCUAUCGGUAGUGUUCAGGAUGACCCUCCGUUGUUGCACCCUUUGGAGCAUUCUCAAAAGGAGCGGAUCGUCAACGACAUGGACAAUGCCGUCCGCCUUGACUCGAAUAACAGCGAUAGAGCAGCGCAGACCUUUCAACUUCUAGGACGUCAAUCCUCUGAUGACACCCGCCUGAUACGGCCGUGCCCACAACGCCAGGAGUUUUCUUCCUGCUGGGUAUCGGACACGACCACCCCCAUGACGAGUCGUCCUCACUUUACCCUAUCAGAUAGCCCGCGGCCAUUGCGGCGCGUCAGAUCUAGAUCGCUGGGAGCGUCAAUCGAACACACCGACAUCGAGUGGAGUUUAAUAUCGCCAAUGGAUCGGUCGCUCAUCCCGAAUCAAUUGAAAUCGUCGAUAAAGCCGACUAUGGACCUAGAAUUGAUCAACGCUGCAACACCGGAAGGGAAGAAAGAGGAAACAAGGAAAAUUCAGGGCAAAACUACUCCCGUUUUCAUUUCCGCCAUGUACGGAAUGAUCAACGCCACAAUUGUAUUGCCCGUCCUUAUGAGUUUCGGUGCCAUCAUUUAUCGUGAUCAAGCCUUUUCGCCCUACAUGCCUGUUUUGGUUAAACUUACAGUCGUAUCAGGAGUGGUGCAUCAGCUGUGCUUUUCGACGUUGUCUUCGCUACCUUUCGCGGUCGGGCAGGUGCAAGACGCCGGCUUAAUUUUCUUGUCGAGCAUGGCAUCCCACAUGGUGGAGCACUGUCGCAGCCGUGGAUACGACGACGAAACACUAUUGGCGACCACGACCAUAGGUCUCAGUUUAUGCACAGCCCUACUGGGUUGUGGAUUGGUGUUGAUUGGACAAUUUCAACUGGCCCAGUACGUACAACUCCUGCCAACUUCUGUUGUAGGUGGCUACUUAGCCUUUAUUGGUUGGUUUUGCGGGAUGUCCGGUGUUGGGCUCAUGGCUGCUUCGACUGAAGUUUCGUUUGCCGUUCUUCUAGACAACUGGCAAUUUGUCGUACCGGGAAUUGCCGGAGGCGUUGUCAUUUAUGUAUCGGUGCGCUAUCUUCGGCAUAUGGCUGUUUUGCCUACUUGUAUUGCUGUACUUCUACUGCUUUUUUACAGUACUUUGUGGGCCACUACUACUUCGAUCGAUGAGGCGGCCAAAUCAGGAUGGAUUCGGGAAACAGACGCCCCUCCACCAUGGUACAAAACGUGGGAGUAUCUGAAACUGGACAAGGUGGCCUGGUCAGUGAUUCCCGAACUAGUGUUAACGGAAUUGAGUAUGAUCUUUGUUGUGGCGCUGUCCAGUUCAUUGGAUGUGGCCGCCAUCGAACUGGAACUUAAAGAACCGCUGGACUAUAAUGGCGAGCUCAAGAUGGUGGGUUUGUCAAAUCUCGUUAGCGGUCUGACGGGAGGCUACACGGGCAGCUACAUCUUCAGUCAAAGUAUCUUUUCCUUACGGGCAGGCAUUCGGUCGCGGAUCGCCGGCUAUGUCUUGGCUGCGUGUCAAGUAGUAUAUCUGCUCGUCCCCUUUCCCAUUCUGGCGUACGUACCGAACUUUUUCUUUGGGUCGCUCCUGUCAAUGAUUUGUGUCGACUUGAUGUAUGAAUGGUUGUGGGAUGUGCGGAACAAAGUAACGCCCGUCGAGUACAUGGUUUGUUUGGCCACCUUUGGUCUUAUUCAGGUAGCGGGUGUCGAGUACGGAAUUCUGCUCGGUGUCGUGGUCUUCUUAUUAUGUCAACGUCUUGGUUUCGACGUCGGAAAUCAACGGCAAAAUGCAGAGCUCGACGAAGCCGUCGACGCUCCUUCUAUCCCAAUCAACAGUACCGACGGCAACCCCCAACGCUACGGUUCGCUGUAA